CACUCGCUUGAGGCGAAUUCAGAAGAUUAAUGCUUGGACAAUGCUCGUUCGGUUAUCGGUUCGUUCGGUUCAGUUCAAUUCAGUUCAGCUCGUGAACAGCGCUACCCGGUAUCCGAGCUUUGAACUAACAAUUACCCAUGGCAAUGGCACGUGCAAAUGCCCUAGUUCAUUUGCCCCCUUUUGUCAUCCAUACAAUCUAAACAAGAAGUAGAACCACCUUCCUGGAGACGCACAUAUACGUACACACAACUCUGUAUCUAUCCUAGAGAGAGAAAGUAGCGACCGAGCGACAGAUACAGAGAGAGAAACCUCACAACAUAAUAUGCAUAAUCCCUAUAAACCGCCUCCGAUACACCAUCAACCUUCUUAGGGUUCAUAUAUCCAGCAAAACCGAACGAAUACGUAUCGAUUUUGCAAACUUAAUUAGGGUUUUUUCGAUCAUCGCAUGUAUACAUACAGUUCAAUUUGAUUCAAUUUUACAAAUUCGUUGUCAAUUAAGAGCAAAUUAGGUUUUGUUAUCGCAUGAUGUCAUAUAGGUUUAGAUUUUUUAUGUGAUGGGGGGAACUGGUGAAGCUGACCGCAAACGUCAAUUCAGUUCGAUAUCAUCUCCUACUGCUGCUGCUACUGCCGCUAAGAAGCAUCCGUUUGUGCCGACGUCUGAGGAUAAAAAGCUUGACACUGUUGUACUCAAAUUUCAAAACCAAAAGCUUCUUCAGAAGUUAGAAUCACAAAAGGUUGAAUGUGUUGCUCUAGAGAACAAAUUUCGUCAACUGAGGGAGAAACAAUCACCAUACACCAAAACUUUAGCAGUAGUUGACAAGUCAUGGGACGAGCUCGUUGAUAAAGUAGCGUCAUGCUCUAUUCGCACAAAGGAUUUGGUGAGUAGUGAUCAUGACAAUAAACAUCAUGCGGCUGCAGGAGAAGAAGCAUCGUUACCUCCAGAGGAUGUCUUUUUGCACCGACUUCUUGAAAAAGGUGCAACCGAGAGUAGCUAUACGAAUAAUGAUACCCCAAGUCAGCUACAAGAAUGUCGGAACUCUGCCGGCAACAAAGUUCAAAAUACUUUAAGCAAUAUUGUUCACUCCAUUGAUAGUCUAUGGAAUUUGAAGGAUGGACUGUAUGCUGAAGCUUUGAAAAAAGUUCCAGAAGGGUCAUGCAGGCCUAACUCUUCUAUUGAGUUACAGAAGGAAGUGAAGAAUAUGAGAUCAUCAAUAAGUGAUAUGCAUUUAAUGCAUAGAUCUAUGGCAAAGCAGAUGCAGUUUCACCUUGAUACUGAUGCUAAGAACAAGUCUGAGCUUAGACAAUUGAGGGGUGAGCUGGAGUGUUCGAUGGUGGAAUUGGAAGAAAGCAAUAAGAACUUGGCUGCCCUGAAAGCAGAGACAGAUGCAGCAAAAGGAGGCAUUUUUCCUGUACUUCUUGGAAAUAAACGUGUUGCUAAUGAUAGGGCAAGAGAAAAAGAAAAGGAUCUACAUGAUAUGGAGUCGUUAUUGAAGGAAUUACAGGAUCAAGCUUCAUCCCGACAACUAGAACUUAAACACUUGCACGAAGAAAGAACGGAAAUCUUAAAGCAAUUAUCCAGCUUGCAGAGUACCUUGAAGAAUGUGAAGGGUAUUAUCUCCUCCGAAGCUUUUGUCUUGGUGAAAGAUAAGAUAGCGAAGGCAAGAGCAGAUAUAACCCAGUAUCAAUCUCAAUACCAGAAAUUGCAGGUUGAGAAAGAUAACCUUGGGUGGCGGGAGAAAGAAUUCAACAUGAAGAAUGAUAUCGGCGAUGUUUUACGUCAAUCUUCUGCUGUUUCUGAUUCUAGAAUUAGGGAUCUGCAAAUGGAGAUACAGAAACAAGUUGAUAGAAAAAAAAUGAUUGAAUCUAAGUUGGAAGCCGCAUCAAGAGAACCUGGUAGGAAAGAAAUCAUUACAAAGUUCAGAACUUUUGUAUCAUCAUUCCCCCAAGAUAUGGGAAGUAUGCAAACUCAACUAAGAAAACACAAAGAGGAUUCUUCAGAUGUUCAAUCGUUGCGUGCUGAUGUUCAAUCUCUUACCGCCAUCCUCGAUAGGAAGACGCGCGAGUUGGAAGCGUUAUCUGCCAGAUCGGUUGCACAAUCUGCUGAAAUACAGAAACUGCAUGCAACUAUACAUGACUUGGAGGAGAGUGACUUGGAGUUGAAGGUUGUUUUGGACGUGUACAGACGGGAGACGAUAUAUUCUAGGGACUUACUUGAGGCUAGGAACUCCGAGUGCAAGGCUUGGGCUCACGUUCAAAACCUAAAUUAUUCACUUGAUGAGCAUAACUUGGAAACGCGAGUCAAAGCAGCGAUUGAAGCAGAGGCAGCAUCACAGCAAAUGUUAGCUGCUGCAGAAGCAAAGAUUGCUGAUCUCAGACAGAAAUGGGAAAUAUCCAAAAAGGAAAAAUGUAGACUCACAGAUGUCCUCGAGUCCAAGCAUCAGGAAAACGAGGCCUACCUUUCUGAGAUUGAGACAAUUGGCCAGGCAUAUGAUGAUGUCCAAACUCAUAAUCAACAGCUUUUGCAGCAAAUAACCGAGAGAGAUGACUAUAACAUUAAGCUUGUUUUGGAGGGAGUGCGUGCAAGACAGCUGCAUGAUUCUCUUCUCCUGGAUAAACAAACUGUGGAAAGGAAGAUUCAACAGGGCAAUGCAUUGAUCAAUUUCUGUGAAACAAAAGCCGAGAGAAUCGGAGAUCAGAUGAGAUUAUGUUCAGAUCAAGUUCAGAAGCUAUCUGAAACUAGGGUUCAAAAGACGACUGCCUUAGAAAAUACUCAAAGGAGACUGCAUGAUACUAGAAGAGCAUCCCAGCAGGUAAUGGAUUCUUUGGAGGAAUCACAGAUUAAGGUCGACAAAAGUCGAGCUAGUCUCAUGGAUUUGCAGAUCGAGUUAGAUAAAGAGAGGUUUGAAAAAAAGAGAGUAGAAGAGGAGUUAGAAGCUGCCAGGAGAAAGCAUUUACGUCUAACGUCAGACUUAGAUGGGUCAUCAGUUGUUGAAAAGCUUCAACAGGAGCUCAAAGAGUACAAGGAAAUACUCAAAUGCAGUGUUUGUCUUGACAGGCCAAAAGAGGUAGUCAUCACAAAAUGUUAUCAUCUUUUUUGCAACGCAUGUGUCCAGAAGAUCAUUGAAACUCGGCAUCGAAAGUGCCCUCUUUGUGCUGCAAGUUUUGGUGCUAAUGAUGUCAAACCUGUUUACAUUUGACUGGAGUUUUCAGGUCAAUGGCGUGAGUCAACUGAACACAGCUUCAGAUGUAUAAUAUGAAAAAUGUUUCUCGGGAACGAUACCGAAGAAAUCAAUAUGGAUUUAGUGUUUCUGGUUUUGCAGUUUGUUUUAGAUUUUAGUGUAGUGAAAGUUUGUUGUUUGGUAUGAUUUUUAAUUCAUGUUUCUAGCAACUUGAUACCUAAUAAUAUCAUCAUUUACUGGUUUCUUGAAUCAAAUACUUUUGAUUU